AUGACCACACCCACACUACGAAGAGUACCAAAAGGGGCCAGAAAAGAAGUGGCGCGGGCCCUCACUAAGGUCUUAGAGGAGGUGACCACUGCCAACACCGAAGAAGUAUGGGGAAAGCUCUUUCUGUUCCCCUAUGCGUGUCUUCCUGUCCCCCAGAAGACCGAUAAGGUGAAGAAUUUGACAACAUGGGUCAAGUCACGGGUUGCUAGGUGGCUAGUGGACCAGACCGCCCCCCCGCCACGACAAAAACGACCUCCCGCCAAGCCCCCUCGAGUGAUUGAGAGUGUCGCCAAGAAAGUUGAGGCCAAGUUGGCAGAUGGCGAUGUCCGGGGAGCAAUUCGACUUGCCUGCUCAGAUGACACGAUUGCCCCCAUGACCCAGGAAACGAUUGAUGCGCUAAUCGCCAAGCACCCGCCACAUCCGGAGCCUACAAAUUAUCCCGUACCGCCAAAGAAUUCAGUGGAACCAGCAGCGGUGGAGGUGCUUGAGGUCACUACAGCCAUCGCAAGCUUCCCGCCAGGAUCGGCGGGAGGUCUGGACUCCCUCCGCCCACAAAUUUUGAAAGAUAUUGUCGCGAGGGAGUGUACCGGUCUCUUUCUGCCCCAUUUUCUACGGGGCUUCCCUCACCGCCCUAAAGAAGAAGACGGGUGGAAUUCGGCCCGUGGCGGUUGGAAAUAUGUGGCGACGUCUUCUAAAAUUGCUGUUACCAGGAUGUCGUCCCGCCUGACGGAAUACCUCGCACCACAUCAGCUGGGGGUGGGGACAAAGGGAGGAGCAGAAGCAGCGGCACAUGCGGCCCGCAUUUACUGGGGCCACAAGCACACAGCAGCCAAGGCCUUCUUGAAAUUGGAUUUCUCAAAUGCUUUUAAUGAGAUUCGGCGGGACACGAUUCUUAGCAUUAUUCUUCAAAGGUUCCCCUCAAUGUUCAGUUUUUUAUCGCAGGCUUACUCCUCCCCAUCUCAACUAUUUUAUGGGGACACACCCAUCUCCUCCCGCCGCGGGGCCCAACAAGGAGAUCCGAUAGGUCCCGCACUUUUCGCCCUGGUCGUCCAGCCCAUCAUCCUUGCUAUCGAAACUGAGCUGAAUCUGUGGUACUUGGAUGAUGCCACUCUAGCGGACACUCCAGAAAAAGUUCUCGAGGCAUUAGAUACAAUUGUUCGCAUGGGAGCGGACGUCGGGCUUCUUCUCAAUACCGCCAAAUGUGAGGUUGGUGUGCUUGGAGCGGACGACCAUACCCGCUCUAAAAUUUUGGAGCGGUUCCGACAGGCGGCGCCAGGGAUACAGGAGAUAUCCCCCGCAACCGCCGUCCUGCUUGGCGCCCCGCUUACUGACGAGGCCAUCGAGUCGGUGGUGGGGACAAAGACCGACCAACUUGCCAAACUGGGCGCCCGACUCCUUGAACUCUCCUCCCACUCUGCGUUUUUCCUCCUUCGGGCGUCCAUCUCUACACCCCGCCUUAUUUAUUUUUUGCGGUGUGCCCCGACUUGGCGGAGAUUCGACGCCCUCACCCUGUAUGACGCCAAACUCAAGGAGUCAAUGGAGGGGAUCCUCAACUGCUCACUUUCCCCGCAAUCUUGGCUUCAGUCCUCCCUUCCCGUCGGCGAUGGCGGCUUGGGGGUUAGGCACGCUGUAGACGUGGCGAUUCCGUGUUUUCUCGCGUCCGCUUACAGUGUCCUCCCCCUUGUAGAACGCCUACUCCCGCCAUACCUCCAUGGCACCGACACCGCAUUGCAAGAAGGAGAAGAGCGAUGGAAUCCAAUGGGACCCGCAGAAUUUCCCCCGCCGGAAGUUAGAGGUUUUCAGGCCUCGUGGGAGGUGCCUCAGCAAGAGGCCGCUAUCAACCACCUCAGAAAUAGAGCAUCUACUCCAGAGGAUAAAGCUCGUCUCCUUGCCAUGGGACAACCGCAUGUGGGGGCGUGGCUCAAUGCCGUACCUUCGCCACAACUUGGGACGCUACUCCCAAAUGAGACGUUUCGCAUCGCUUGUGCCCUCCGUCUUGGAUGCGACGUCUGCCACUCCCAUAAAUGUCCAUGCGGAGCUAUAGUCACAUCAAAAGGCUACCAUGGCCUGAGCUGCAAAAGUAGUGCGGGGCGUCAUUCCCGCCAUGCCGCAGCAAAUGACGUGAUUUGGAGAGCUCUUCGUUCCGCCGGAGCCCCCACCAUUAAAGAGCCAGCCGGUUGUUCCCGGCCAGACGGGAAGCGCCCUGACGGACUGACAUUGGUUCCAUGGGCAAGAGGGCGGCCCCUGGUAUGGGACUUUACGUGUGUCGACACUUUUGCACCGUCUUACCUCCCCCAAACCUGUGUUCAUCCUGGUGCGGCAGCCGAGAAGGCUGAGGACAGGAAGAUGAAAAGAUACGAAGACCUUCUGGACAGAUUCCUCUUUGUUCCCGUAGCCGUUGAAACAACUGGAGUAUGGGGCAAGGAGGGCCUGUCCCUUAUCAAAGAAAUAGGGACAAGGAUCACAGCCCUCACGGACGAGAAGAGGGCAACGAAUUUUCUCAUCCAAAGAAUUAGUAUUGCAGUUCAACGCGGAAAUGUGGCCGCGAUUUUAGGAUCUCUGCCAGCAGGACGAGAGCUGGAUAAGGUUUUUUAUCUUUAG